UUGGGCUAGGGUUCGUGAAACACUCUCCGGCCGAGCUCUCUCUCGCUCUCGCCGUUUUCCUCCGCCGUCGCCACCGCUUCUUCUCCGUCGCCUCCGUUUCCUUUUAUCGUCGUUGUCUGUCUUCGAGCCGGCUGUUUCGUCUGAAAAGAUGCAAGGAGGGAAUGCAUCAGAGUCACCUUCAACGGCUGCGUCAUCACAACCUCGGGUUUCUGGACAUGAUUCCUUUGUGCAUCCUCCACUGAUGUCUUCUUCGAGUGGUGUGGUCUUAGCCUCGAGUGUCUCUUUUGGUGGUAACACUCAGUCCGAGCUCAAGGAUCAACCCUCUAUGUCUGAUGCUUCAGCUACUGCUGUGCAGACUAGUGGUACGGCAUUUGUCUCUCAGGCAGCUCCAUCUUCUGUUAAUGCUCCUUUGAGUUCUGCUGCAGCUACCUCCUCCAAUGUCAAUUCUGUACCUCAAACUUCCUCAAUGCUAUCAAAUUCGCCUUUUGCUAGACCUGUGGCACCUGCCCCUCCUGGUCUAAUGACGUCAUCAGCGCAUACGUUUCCUAUCCCUACCCCUUUCUCUUCUGCGACACCAAGACCUGGGAUGUCUGGAGCUCCUCCACAAGCUAAUCCUGUUGCUCAUCUUCAGAUGUACCCGCAAUUCCAUUCAUUGCCCCAUAUGGCUGGAACACCACCGGGAAUCUGGAUGCAGCCUCCUCCACUGGGGGUAAUGCCUAGGUCGCAGUUUCUUACACAUCGUACUCCAUUUCCUGGGUCUUACCAAUUCCCAGUACGUGGAGUCCCUCCUAGUUUACCAUUUUCUAGUUCACAACCACUUGGGAUGACUCCUAUGGGAAGCUCUAGCUCUGUUCCUGCUUUACUAGGUCAUCAACUUAGUGCUCCUGGACAGAAGACUGAAGCACACUCAGGAAUCGAUAACAGAGUUGACUCUCAAGAAGUAGGGAAACGGUUAAAUGAUUGGACUGCACACAAAACUGAAACUGGAGUUGUUUACUAUUAUAAUGCCUUGACAGGGCAAUCAACUUAUGAAAAGCCACCAGGUUUUGAAGGAGAGCCCGACAAAGUUCCAGUGCAGCCGACUCCUGUUUCUAUGGAGCACUUGCCUGGAACAGAUUGGGCGCUUGUCACCACAAAUGAUGGCAAGAAAUAUUACUAUAACAGUAAAAGCAAGGUAAGCAGCUGGCAGAUCCCAGCUGAGGUGACAGAGUUAGGAAGGAAACAGGAAGCAGAGAAGUCUGCAGAAUGUUUGACAUCUCUGCCAAAUGCUGAUUCACAAAAUGAAAAGGGAUCUGACCAGUUAAGUCUAAGCGCACCUGCUAUUAGCAAUGGUGGUCGAGAUGCUGCAUCACUUAGAACCCCAAAUGUGUCUGGCUCAUCAGCUCUAGAUUUAGUAAAAAAGAAAUUACAUGAUUCUGGAGCACCUGUCUCAUCUGCAACAAUGUCUGAAGGAAAUGUUGGUAAAGCAGUUGAGGCUACCGAGGAUGUAGAAAAUGAGAAUUGUACAGAUAAGGCAAAAGAUGCUCCUGGAUCUGGGGACCUCUCUGAAUCUUCAUCAGAUUCAGAAGAUGAAGAUAGUGGUCCUACAAAGGAAGAGCGUUUCAAACAGUUUAAGGAAAUGCUCAAGGAGCGAGGAGUAGCACCAUUCUCGAAGUGGGAGAAGGAGCUGCCAAAAAUAGUGUUUGAUCCCCGCUUUAAGGCAAUACCUAGUCAUUCUGUUAGACGAUCCUUAUUUGAGCAGUACGUCAAGACACGUGCGGAGGAAGAACGCAGAGAAAAGCGUGCUGCUCAUAAGGCAGCAAUAGAAGGAUUCAAAAAGUUGCUGGAUGAAGCAUCCAAAGACAUUGAUCAACAAACUGAUUAUCGGACAUUUAAAAGGAACUGGGAGAGCGAUCCACGGUUCAAAGCAUUGGAAAGGAAGGAGACAGAGGCUUUGUUCAAUGAAAGAGUCCUUUCUUUGAAAAAGGCUGCUGAGCAAAAGGCUCAAGAAAUACGCUCAGCAGCUGCUGCUGAUUUCAAGGCGAUGCUACGGGAAAGAGAUGUAAGAACGAAUUCCCAUUGGUCCAGGGUUAAGGAUAGCUUGAGAAAUGAUCCAAGAUAUAGAUCUGUCGCACACGAGGAUAGGGAAGUUUUGUUUAAUGAGUUCUUGGCAGAGCUGAAAGCUGCGAAAGGGGAGAGUGAUGGUUCAACGAGAACAAGAGACGAAGAGGAUAAACUGAAAGAAAGGGAGAGGGAAUUGAGGAAAAGGAAAAGUCGACAAAGAGUGCGGCUAAAGGUUAGGAGGAAGGAGGCAAUUUCCUCCUAUCAAGCUUUGCUCGUGGAAACAAUCAGAGACGCUGAGACAUCCUGGACAGAAUCAAAGAUGAAACUCGAAAAGGAUCCUCAAAGACGUGCCUCCAACCCAGAUUUGGAUCCAGCUGAUAUGGAGAAGCNCUUCCGAGACCAUGUAAAAACGUUGUAUGAGCGCUUCUCCCAUGACUUCAAAACUCUCUUAGCCGAAAUAUUGACAUCGGAAGCUGCUUCUCAACAGACAGAGGACGGAAAAACAGCGCUGAACUCGUGGUCAACGUGUAAACGCCUUCUGAAACACGAUAAAAGGUACAGCAAGAUGCCGAGAAAAGACAGGGAAAUCAUAUGGCGCCGAUAUGCUGAGGAUAUAUCGAGGAAACAGAAAUCGGAAAGCAAUCAAAAGAAGGAAAAACAGAAAGAUACGAAACCGAAAAACGCAGGCGAGGCCCGGGGGAGGAAUUCAUGACCAGCCUAUUCUUCAUGGAGGUAAGUAAAAGCCUAUUCUGUGUCAGAUCAGCGUCCAAUUUUUCUUUGUAGAAUUUUGAGAACUUCAUUUUAUAAGCUUUGUAUUGUACAUCAACAGUUGGUGUGAUUGGUAGCAAGGGUUGGUCACACAGUUUGAAAUUUUAAAGACGUAUAACAUGGUUCACGUGUCUUUUGUGUCUCUGCUCUUGUUUAUCUAAUUUAAUUUCUUGAA